UUGUUGGGUUUAAAGAUGGCGGGAAUUCUUGGCGCCAUUACACGUUCUCCCCUUUUAGCGGCCAAUUAUAAACCCUACCCCCAUCUCCAUUUUCAUCAAUUUGGAUCAUUCGUUUCAGCAAUGGCACAGAGCAUCAACGGCAACCCUGAAACCGAAGGACCGGCCGCAAAGGUUCAGAAAGUAGAAGAUCACCAAAUUCCUGUUUUCAAAGUGAAGAAGCUCUCGGAGAAAGCGGUUUUACCUUCCAGAGGCUCGUCUCUCGCCGCAGGUUACGAUCUUUCGAGUGCAACCGACACAAAAGUACCUGCAAGGGGCAAAGCAUUGGUUCCCACAGAUUUAAGCGUAGCAGUACCCGAAGGAACUUAUGGCCGCAUUGCUCCGAGGUCUGGUCUAGCAUGGAAACACUCUAUUGAUGUUGGGGCAGGUGUAAUUGAUGCCGAUUACAGAGGCCCGGUUGGUGUAAUACUCUUCAACUUUUCUGAUGUUGAUUUUGAAGUGAAAGUUGGUGAUCGAAUUGCGCAGUUGAUUAUUGAGAAGAUUGUGAUGCCUGAAGUUGUUGAGGUUGAUGAUCUGGAUUCGACUGUUAGAGGUGCAGGUGGGUUUGGAUCAACCGGUGUUUAAUAUGCGUUAUUGAAUUUGACUAGUUUUAGUUUCUGAUAUGAUCUGUUCCUAUGAAUUAGGCGUGAUAUUGAUGAAACAUUUUGUCAACUGUUUUUUUAAAAGUGUGUGUAGUCUCUUGUUUAAUCCAAAGAUUUUGCUGUAAA